ACGGUCUGGGUUGUCGGCGCUGAGCUGGGCCCGGCGUGUGAGAGUCCGCGGCCGCUCCUCUCCUGUUACCCGCCAGGAAGGAAGUUGUGUUGCAGCCAUUUGCCGCAUAUCUGAGCCGGGGGCGGGGGUGAUCUCCCCUGAACGCUUGAGGACUUGGGGGUAGGUGGGUGAGGGAGAGAGAGAGAGAGUACUUCUGCCUGCGGGACAAACUGCAAACUCAUUGAAAUCUGGAGCAGGGACCUCUCCAAGGACAUUGCGCCGUUUCUGUAUUUGGGGCGUGCAAGUGGCUCACCGGUGUUUUCAUAGUUUUAACACAAGACUGCGCGGCGAUAAGGCCGUCAGACGAAUGCACUCGAAAAUUACUGACUAUAAUCUAACAAGAUGAAUCAUGCUCCGUAUGCUCGUCCGUGAGGAACAAGUCAAUUCUUAACUUAGUUGUGAGCCUUCGCUGCGCCUUAUACUGCGGGCCAGUUUGGAAGCAGUAAUUUUGCUGGGCGAGCAUCAAAAUGAAUUGCAGUCUGCCUAACACUGAUACUGUCCAACACCAGGAUUGCUAGUGUGUCCACCAAAUCUACUCUACCUCAAACUUAGUCAUGUACUGUCACACAGCUUGUAUCAACGGACAUGCAGCAACUUGCUAAAAAAAAAUCAUCUGGAGUAAAAGUGUGAUAUGAUUGUAUGGAAUGACCCAGGGCUAUUGCAGAGUGGAAUAUUCUGAAGUUAGAAGUCUAUUAGGGUUUUACAGCUUUCAACAUUAGCAUAAAAUCAGUGGCCAUUUCUUAUUUUAACAACAAAUCACAGUUUUCAAGCUGUUUAGAAUUUUCAUCAAACUGGUGAAGAUAUCUAUUAAUGGAAUGCAAUCAUGUCCAGUAAGGAAGACAAACAGAUCAAUACUGAAUACGCUGUAUCUUUGUUGGAGCAGCUUAAAUGUUUCUAUGACCAGCAGCUGUUGACUGAUAUAGUUUUAAUCGCAGAGAGCACUGAAUUUCCGUGCCAUAAGAUGGUUCUUGCUACAUGUAGCUCCUAUUUCAGGGCUAUGUUUAUGAGUGGACUGAGUGAAAGCAAGCAGACACAUGUUCACUUGCAGAAUGUGGAUGCAUCCACACUUCAGAUAAUCAUUAGAUAUGCAUACACGGGUAACCUGGCAAUAAAUGACAGCACUGUGGAACAGCUCUAUGAGACAUCGUCUUUUCUGCAGGUGGAAACCGUAUCUCAACGUUGUCGAGAAUAUUUAAUAAAGAAAAUUAAUGCUGAGAACUGUGUCCGCUUACUGAGCUUUGCAGAUUUGUACAGCUGUGAAGAACUGAAAAUAUGCGCAAAGCGAAUGGUGGAGCACAAAUUUACUGCUGUUUACCAUCAAGAAGCUUUUUUGCAGCUUUCACAUGAUAUUUUGAUAGAUAUUCUCAGCAGUGACAAUUUAAAUGUGGAGAAGGAAGAGACAGUCCGUGAAGCUGCUAUGGUGUGGCUAGAAUAUGACACUGAAUCACGAUCCCAAUAUCUGUCUUCAGUCCUUGGCCAAAUAAGAAUAGAUGCACUUUCUGAAGUAACACAGAGGGCAUGGUUCCAAGGCUUACCACCUAAUGAUAAAUCAGUGGUGGUGCAAGGAUUGUAUAAAUCUAUGCCUAAAUUUUUCAAACCUAGACUUGGUAUGACUAAAGAAGAGAUGCUGAUAUUCACUGAAGCCUCUGGUGAAAGUCCUCGUUCUUCCUUUUGUGCUGUUUGCUACAGCCCUCAGGCAGAGAAGGUGUAUAAACUCCGUAAUCCUCCUGGAGAUUUGCAGAGAGUAGGGACGCUUGUUACUCCUGACAAUGACAUUUACAUUGCAGGUGGACAGGUCCCUUUAAAAACUUCUAUCACCAACAAUAGCAAGGCAAGCAAACUUCAGGCUGCUUAUAGACCUGUGAAUUGUUUCUACCUUUUUGAUGCUCAACAGAACACAUGGGUCCCAAAGAGUCCAAUGUUGUGUGCUCGCAACCGACCUUCUUUGGUUUGCUGUGAAGGAUAUAUCUAUGCAAUUGGAGGGGACAAUGUUGCGGGGGAAAUGAACAAACGGACGGUGGAGAGGUAUGAUUGUGAAACAGAUGAAUGGACUUUGGUUACUCCCUUGCCUUGUGCUUGGCAGUGGAAUGCAGCAGUAGCAGUGGAAGACUACAUUUAUGUCAUGGCACACAAUCUAACAUUUUGUUACUGCCCACGUACUGACUCUUGGGUUGAAAUGGCUGCACGUCAAACAAGCAGGUGUUUUGCCUCAGCUGCAGCAUUUGGAGACAAAAUCUUCUACAUUGGUGGUUUGCAUAUUGGAAAUAACUCAGGUAUUCGAAUACCUUCAAGCACUGUUGAUGGUUCCUCUGUAACUGUCGAAGUUUAUGAUGUGAUCAAAAAUGAGUGGAAAAUAGCAACUAAUAUCCCUGCAAAACGCUACUCUGACCCCUGCGUAAGAGCAGUUGUGGUCUUGAACUGUCUGUGUGUGUUCAUGAGAGACACUCACAUGAAUGAGAAACCCAAGUAUGCAAUCUAUCAGUACAACAUGGAACUAGACCAGUGGAUCCUGCGUCAGUCUAUUUCUGAACGAGUCCUCUGGGAUCUUGGCAAAGAUUUUCGGUGCACGAUGGGGAAACUUUACCCAUCGUGUCUGGAAGAAUCUCUGUGGAAGCCUCCGCCAUCUCUCUUCUCACAAGAUGGAGCAGAUGAGUUUGAAUUGGAUGGAGAUAUGGUUGCUUUGCCAUUGAAUAGCUAACUAGAAAUGGGCACAUGCUGUGGAUUCCUAAGACAUGCAUAACACAGAAAUAUGCAUGUCGCAAGCUUCCAGAUCAUGACAGGGUUUAGUCUAACAGAUUGAGCAGUAACUGUGUUCUGCACAGCAUGUCACUAAGUUUGCAUAGUAUUGUGUAAAUAACUCAGAAUCCACUUGUGUUGUAUCAUCUACUCCUAGAUACCAUGUGUUCUGCUAAAGAGAUUAUUGUAUUAUUGUUACAAUGUGACUAAUUUACAAAAGAAACAUUGUUUUACUUACACAAUUAUCCCUGGAUUUGACCAUGAAAGUAAGAAAUCAUGUAGAUCUUCCCAGUUUCAAAAAAAGGCUGAGCAAGGUGGCUGACUGCGGGUUCAGUCAAAGGUUGUAUCUAUUCAAUCCAUGUUUGCCAAUUUCCAUAAAAUAUUCCCAUUUAUUCUAGGUUGCAGGUCUACCAAGCAGCUGGUAGUUUACCAGAAUUAUUAUUGGGUGGCUGUUCAGUGACUGGCAGCUUCUUGUAGUGCGGGUCUAUGUGGAGCUUAAUUCACUUCAUAUUUCUCCACAUUGCAAGUAACAUAGGCUCAUCCAUAUUACAACUUCCUGCUGCUGAAUUUUCAUUUGUAAAACAAGUUUUAGUGAGUAACAACCAGGUCUUUAUUUUGUAUUUCAUUAAUUUAAGGCAACUGUUACUGUAGUGUGAUUGUGUAUAAGUAUCCUAGCCAUUUAGGUUUUUAAUACAGUUGGUUUGACUGAAAUAUUUCAAGAAUGAACUGUAUCCUGCGUGCAGGAGAGCAGAACAGACCCGGCACUGCUCUGGCAUAACUCCCACUAGGAACCACUAGCAGUUGUUGGGCUCUCCAUUCUAACAUGAGCACAGGUGCUUCAUGUAAUCCCUACUCGCAUGUUCAGCUGCAUUGUGUUCCUUUGGCACUGUAUUUUGAAUUAAAUUAAUUUAUUAAAAACCUUCACAAGUAAACGUUUGCUUUGUUUUUGUGGUACAGAACUUGGAGAAUAUCGAUACAACACGAACCUCUGCAUGUUUUCAAACAUUUUGGAAAAGUUCCUCAUCUCGGUGUGGAUAAACUGCUGAUUGAUAUUACAGUGGAACUUGACGAAUCGUGUCCAGAAUUUAUUCCCCGUGCUUUUUUGUUGAUAUUCACAAUUUCUAGGGAUCAUUUGGUAGCCUUAAGAUUCUGGUUAUUAUCAUCCUUGCAUUUUCCAAUGUAGUUGUAGAAUAACAUGGGACUUUUCUUUAAACCUGAAAUUGAACUACAAACUCAGUGACAUUUCCGAGAACAGUGUGACUUUGUUUUGAGGGAAUAGCAUCUGUUCUUUGAACAGAAAGACCAACUUUACUCUUCAAGGCUUGAUAGUUUUAAGUAUGUCAUACGAUUACUGUGUUUCAAAACUUUGGAGAAGUUAGAACAUUGACCCGUUGUUUCUACAGUGCAUAGGUCUGGGUGGGAUGCUUCAAGGUGCGGUGUGCACUUGUUAAAAGGGCCUGUUUCCACACUGUAGGGAAUCUAGUCUUAACAGGUUCAAUUUCUUCUCAGAAAUCAAUCCUGCCAUCCCAGGAACCAGUCUGGUAUUCUAUGCUGCACUCCUAUAACAAAAACACCUUGCCUCAGAUAAGGAGACCAAAACUGC